GAUAACUUUACAACAAUUUAAAUCGCAGAGUAUGGGUUUGCGUGUGUGUUGGGUGAGUGUGCGUGUGUAUCUGUGUGAACUAUUGAAUAUUACCCAAACGAGAAGUUGCAUUUACAACACUCAGAAAAAAACGCAGCCAACAAAAACAUUUGUGUGUAUAUAUUUAUAAAGCUUAUAUCUGCUCGAUAGAUCAUGAAACAUUAUCUACAGCUGUUGCUACAUCACACGCGCACACACUCAUCCACCCACUCUCAAACAUGAAGUCAUAACUCAAAAAUGCGAUUUUGAAAUGCACACAUGCUGAGAUAAAGCUAAAAUUUUGACAGUUUUACAGAAAAGCCAGAAGCUUAAGUCGAAAAUAUCUGUGCUGAUAUUUCGGCUAUGAGACACUGUUAGAAAAUGAGCAAAAUGCAAAAUGCUAAAGGUUGAGCCUAUGUAGAACAUUUGUAAGGGGUCUGCGCCGUGUGCAGGCCACGCCCAUGUGGGCGUAGAUGGAACCCGCCGGCGGGUUAGAAACGAAAAUAAAUGGCAAAAUUGGGAGGUCACGCAAAAAUCAACUUUAAGCCGACGUGCAGGCAGUGGAGGCAAGGAGAUCGAGUGGAAUACAAUUAAAUUACAAGCAUAAUAUUAUCAAUGUAAAAUCGUAUGUAAAAAACAAGGCAGAAAUCCAUAAAAAAAUUGACAACAAACAAACAACAAAAAAUAAACCAAAAAAAAUACAGAAACUACGAAAUAAAUACAUUUACAUAGAUGUUGCAAAAACCAAGAGAUUCGAAGCUCCUCCCAUGGAUUCCCGUAACCCUCUCUGUAGAUUUGCGUAUCCUGUCAGUGAGCUAGCACUUCCGGAUCAGCGACCCCAUGUUUCUGGACGCCAUCUUCUUUAUACCGACACUGUUCACUUACCUGCUUAUCGGACUGCUCAUCGUCAUCCUGUGCUUCGUGGUGGUCUAUAUCAGCCACAAGAUCUAUGUCUCCGUCUACGACAACCUGCCUCUGGCCGCCUUGCCCGGCAACUCCCGACAACAGUUCCUGGGACUGCGUCACUCCAAUCAUGCGAUGACCAUACGGGAAUACCUGGACAGCUCGCUCCGCAGUCCACGGUCCAAUCAGCCGAGCCUACGCUCAGUUUGGAUUCAGAACCGGUCACAGAUCCUGGAGACCUCUUCGGUGCUGCGUAUAGUGCUCUCCCUGGAGCCCUGUUAUCUGGUCAGCGCCGAGUUCGAUGUGAGUUCCAGCCGGAAGGCCAUCAGUUUCUUGUGCAACUGCCGGGAUCAGCCCGUGUGUGCUGCCUCCGAACCGAGGCCUUCUGGAUCCUUGCACAUAGUGCGGUUCUAUGACCACCUCUCCAAGAUCCCGCGCCUCAAAGUCAUGCUCAAGUGCAACCAAAGGCGGCCGGACCCGAGGCCGGACAGUCGUAUCCAGUUGACCCUCGACGACGUGAUCCAGGAGGCCAGAGAUAACCAGGAUGCCAGGUGCACGGAUAACGCCGCCGCCUGCCGACCUGGUUCCUCAAGACGGAACUCCCGGAUACCGGAUUAAAGGGACUAAAGGGUGUGGCAAUUGGAUAGGGAGUAUAUGUCGUCUGUUCUGGGCAGCUUGGUUGCGGUAUAACUUGUUUUAUUAAAUUGUAUACAAAGAUCAAUGAGCUGGAGGCUCCAGGGUCGACGGCUGGUUCAGUGGGUCGGGCACUGCGCUCACGCUAGUUUAUGAUAAUCGCGUGACAACGAAGGUGAAAGCCAGCGGAACAGGGGCGUACACAUGUGUGUUCUAGUAGGGGUGUUAAUUAAGCUUCCUUUUUUUUUGGGUAAAUACAUAUACCAGCUAAUCGCUCUAGGAAAUUUAAAUUCUCAGCCCUAUUUUCCCAUUAAUGAAUUCAAUAACAAUUUUGAUUUUCCAUUCGCUCUGCAUGAACUGAAUUCCGCAUUUAAUGACCUCUUCAAGAAAACAAAAACAUACUUAGAAUUCUUUCAACGCUGAACAAAUCAAAAGUUUACAGCUCGUUAGGUAAUUUUCCACAUACACAAGUUUGUCACGUUACAGUAAAAUGUUUGGUGUUUAAUAUAAAAAAAAGGUUGAGUCGAGAGUCUUCACUUCGAAACCAAAAAUAUAUUUACAAGACUAUAAUAUAAGGUGAUAUAAGCUGCAAGUUUGAUUUCUAACAAUUGGAUUUCCCUACUCCCAUGGCACGCUCGCAACCUUAACUUGUGGGGUCCGCGUUCUUCGGGGCUUAUCAUUGUGACUGUGGAAUUCGUUAUCAGUAGAUAAAAAGCUUUCCAGGCCGCGUCGAUAGCCUGGCUAUCAUGCCUAAUUGCCGAAAUCACUACCCCCAACCAGAUCUCGCCACCUCCACGAGACGAGGGACCCCAAGCAUUUGUUUGACGCCAUUUCAUUCUUUAUUGACGCGGCCAAUUAAGAAGGCAGCGUUGUUGAUUUGAUUGCGAGGCGAAUAUGAAUGCGACUGGAAUUCCUCCAUGAGUUAUAAAUAAAGCUGGGGUCCGAAAAGUUGCCAGAUGUAAAGAGCGGCUCUCAGCGGGAGCGGGAACUCCAAGAAGUGGAGGCGCUUUUCUAAUCUUGGCCCAAGUUGCAGACUCUAUUGCACAAGGCGCUUAUCAAAACCAAGCCAAAAACAAAAACUCAAAACUGGACGCACAACAUAUAGCAAGAUCUACAGCGGCAACGGUCUGGCAACGAAGCGUAUACGUAAUGCCAAGC